AUCUAUCAAUAUAUAUAUUAUAUCUAUUACCGGUGGCACACUGUUUUAGCCAAUCAAAUACUGGUAUCUCAUGUUGUCCGCCAUGAAUCUUACCCAUCGUCCCAUACGGCUAUGGCGAAUUAAUGCUAUUCGGACGUAAGUCAUCACUUUACUUGUUGUUAAAUAGACGGAUCUAGCCCGAAAAACGACAUAGAAAAGGGGGAAGAUAGUGCCAGGAUGCCACAGUGUUCGGCUUUCGGCUGUAGGAACAGGUCUGAUGGCAAAUACAACAAUCCACCAGACGUUUCUUUUCACGCUUUCCCGUUGAGGAAGGAAGCCUUAAUUAAGCUAUGGCUGAAGAAUGUUGGGAGAUUGGAGUUCACGCCUUCAAAAUCAUCGAAAUUAUGUUCGGCGCAUUUUCGGCCCAGUUGUUUCCAGUCGGAUCCGUACGAGAAAUACGGGCUCGAGAGCUCAGAAAACCAUCGCCCCAAAAAACGGAUGUUGAAGGAAGACGCCGUGCCAACAGAAUUCUCCCUUUGCCGAACCCAAAGAGUGAAACGGGCUUCACGUGCGUCUCAGAAGAAGAAAGUAGAAAGACAGCGGCUGAAUGAACAGAUUAUCUGCAAUCCACUUGUGUCUAAAGACUUGAGCGGCAAUGGUGUAAAAUGGUGGGAGCUGAAAAGGCAUGCAGAUAAACAAUGCACGGGCUCAGAGUACCAAAAGAGCAACCAAGCGUUCGACACGGCGCUGCUGCCGAGCCCGGAGACGUCUAGAGAAGUCAUUGACUAUGACUAUACAAAACCCCUUGACUCUGAUGACUUGAGCACAGAUGAUUCGACUAAGAGUGCCGGUGAGGAUGAAGGUGACUUUCACUUCAAAAGAGCUCAAGGUGGUCCCAGUUACAAAGAAUCAGAUGACGACAAUAAUUCAAGCUCAACUGAGUCUGCCUAUUCUUCAGGGGUGCCUACCCUUCCCGAUACCCAUGAUUCCUUCUGUAACAAGUGUGACCAAGGGCCUUUCACGUCAAUGAAGCUGCAUCUGAAACAGUGUAGCGGUGCUUUGUGCAAAGAAACCAAGUGCUUUCGCUGCAUGAUGCCAUUUCGUAACGAGGCGGCGCUCAAGGAUCACUACAGCAUCUUUUACUACUGUGAUGUCUGCGGCCAGGUGUUCAGACACUGGGCCCCAGCCCAUCAGCACAAGCCUCCCGAACGGGCCCUCUUACGCUUGAUCCGCUUCUGCAGUGUAUCCACGCCCAAAGUGUGUGCCAUAUGCAAGUCUUUUUUUCUUGAUGAAAAGUCUUUGUCCACUCAUGUAAUCUGUGUUCACACAUCGGUGGUCAGCACCCAUGUGCAUAUUGUGAAAAAACAGUCAUGCUUGACUGACAAAAAGGUUUCGACAAAUGUCGUCGCAGCGAGUACCCCCGAGCCUGUCGUCACAAACCAGGUUAUCGAUAAGGAUCAUACGUAUUGUAUUUCUGCCCCAUUGAAAAGUGUGAUCACGGGCUGGUGCUUUAAGGUGCCACGUCCCUGCUGGCAGUGCGGGACCAUGUUGCGACAGCCGUACCUCGCCAUUAGCCACCGCUACCUCCACCGGGGUCGCCGUUUGCACCGGUGCUAUUGCGGCCGGUCCUUCAAGCACCGGCUGCAUCUCCUGCGGCACUGCGUGCAGCACGCAGAAGACAAGAGCUACAUCUGCGUCAACUGUGGCAACACUUUCGCCGGAGCAAGACUCUUAGCCGCACACUUGAGGGGAAAAACGCAGAUGAAGAAGAAAGGCUCGGGAAAUUGCAGGAAAGGCCUCGCGUGCAGCUGUGGACAUUACUUUAAUAGGGCCUCUGCAUUCAUAUGGCAUCAAAUUAAAAACAAUGUGAAAACCAGACAUUUGAAAAGAUGUAAAUGACAAGCAAUAAUACAAAUGUGUCAAAUAAAAAAUGUC